CCGUCCAGUGUGUCUAAAGUGUACAGGUGUAGAGAGGAAGGGCUGCGUGAGGCUAGAAAGGUUCAAGGGGCAGGUAGGACUAGUGUAUAAACAUAGUGUAUAAACAUGAUUGGAUAAGAAGACUGCAUCCAGAAAAACUACAGACGAACAUAGAAGUGCUUUACAAAAUGUUACAUGUUUUUCACCUUGAAGAUAUAAAAGGAAUUUUCCUGAAAACUCUCCAUCCCUCCCUUCGUCUCACAAGGAACUUGGCUUGAGUCAUGGAAUGAUUUGCAUGAUUUCUUUAUAGAAUGUUUCUCUACCUAGGAGAAAUGUUCUCUCCUGGGUGCAGAAGCCUGAAAAAUGAAGCAUACAAUGAAAUAUUCAACCACCAAAAUUUCCUCAGCAAAGAUGGACAUCUCAUCAGUCAGAGCCCUGGUAAAAUCUCCCAGGUUGAGAAAAUCCCAACAGAAGGCUGGAGAAGUUUGCCAGAUGUGCUUUACGCAGCUACGCUCUGGCUUUAUCAUAAAAAAGAAGGCCUGUUUCUUUGGGAAAGAAACCACCAAUGGGUAUUCAUCAAAAACAGCUGGGAAAUACAAGGAGUCACAUUUGGUAUUGGCUGACUGUCAGCAGCACCUGGAACGGUCUGCAGAGGGCCUCAGCUUUGAUAGAUCUAUGGUCCAGAACUAUAUGAGAGCAACUGGCGAUUCAAGUAUCCAAGAACGUUCUGUUUCCCUGAGGACAUUCAAUGAUCAAUGCAUUACUUUUCCUUUUGCGGGGGAUGGAAGUUAUGAGAUCUCUGUUGAAGAUUCAGGAAAAAAACAAAAGAAAGACAAAGUACUAUUCCGUUUCUAUGAUUCGCAAAUCUCCACAAGUGAAACAGGUGAUGGUGUUGAUGGUCAGAAGUUAAUGGUAAACCUGAGUCCUACAAGAGACAAAGACUUCCUGCUGCUAGCCAAUAACAAGGAGCAUUCUGUGGAGCUACAAAAAUGUGAAGACCCGUUGCCAGACCAGACCUUCUUUCUGCUUCACAGGGAGCCCUCGUCCUCCAAAUAUGUUUCAUUUGAAUGUAAGAGCAAUCCUGGAGUGUUUAUAGGAGUAAAAGAUAACCAUCUUGCUCUAGUUAAGUUAGGGGAACAAACUGGGGAUUCAAAUAGAGAGAAUAUCAUAUUUAAGCUCUCUUAAACUUAAUGUGAUGGAAAGCUGUGGACGCUGGGUUGGUAGCCCAAAUAGCUACCACUGAAAAAGGGAUGAGAAAUUUUAAACAGAGAAAUAGAUAACAUUUAAGGGAAAUAGAGAAUGCUUAGAAUACUGUAGAAUAUUUUCCUUUUCAUGUAUAAAAAUACUUUUUGUAAUCCUUCAGUUCUGUUUUUUAUUUCCCUCUGUAUCACUAUAUACCCAAUACAAGUAUUAGUGUAUUAAAUAUGGUGUUGGUAAAGAGAACCACCAACAUUCUGAAGAGA